CCAGGACCCUACAUCCAUUAUAUCUGGUCUCCCACAGUACACAGAACAUGGAAGUGCAAAUAUUUUAGUAAAUAUACACUUCUAAAUACCUUUUCCCAUCAGCAAUUAGAGCAGUCUUGUGACUUCUAUCAGUGUUCAGCAGAGCACUGGUUAAAGCUUGUAGGAGGAGUAUUAUUUCUGCUGUAGGAGGAUGGUAAUCCCCUAACCUCUGUCUGGACAGUGCUGAUUGGCCCUGUGCUGAUUACAUGCAUUCUCUCAAGAAAAAAAACACCUCUCUAGCAAUAUUCACCAAACUGAGCAUGUGCAUGCCUACCAUUCAGUCUGGAGAUAAGUGGUGAACAGAGAAGAAAGGAUCAAACAGCCUUUUUACACAAUGCAGAGGAUUAACCCCUUAGGUUCCACAGUGAGUAUAACAAGCAUGCUUUACUGCAUAUACAGACUGAUUUUACUGUUGUGGGUUUAG